GGCAGUCAACAGAACAGACAUUUUGUCUCCCAGCACUCAACGCAAAACCCUUCCUGUUUUAUCAAACCCUCCCUGGACCCCAGGCUAUAGCAGGGUUUCUAGGCUAUACUGUAAUAUUACCUCUAGCGGUCGUGAUGUUCUUUCUACCUUGAGUCUUCUUCCUGCUUUGGAGGGAGGAAGGGAGAAAAGAAGGGAAGUGGGCUGGCAGCUGGUCUGUGACAGUCAGACAGACUGAGAGAGAGAGAGAGAGAGAGAGAGAGAGACAGAGCCAGAGCUGGAAGACAGACAAUUAACAGAAGAGGAGAGCAGAGCAAACAAGCUUCUUAAACCGGACGGGGGCAUUGAAGAGGUGUUGCUAUACCCGUUUCCCGGACUCGUUUCGAGAGGCGCUCUGAGCAGGCUGGUCCCAGGCAGGAGGCACCGUCUCCCGGACUCUGUGUUUGGGCCCGUUUUGAGAGGCUCUCCGAGCAGGCUGGUCCCAGACAGGAGGCACCAUCUCCCAGGCCCUUUGUUUGGGCCCGUUUUGAGAGGCGCUCUGAGCAGGCUGGUCCCAGGCAGGAGGCACCGUCUCCCGGACUCUGUGUUUGGGCCCGUUUUGAGAGGCUCUCCGAGCAGGCUGGUCCCAGGCAGGAGGCACCAUGUCCGGGGCCUCUGUGAAGGUGGCGGUGCGGGUCCGACCCUUCAACUCCAGAGAGAUGGGGAAGGACAGCAAAUGCAUCAUCCAGAUGUCAGGAAACACAACCACCAUCCUGAACCCCAAGCAGCCCAAAGAGAAUAAGAGCUUCAACUUUGAUUACUCCUACUGGUCACAUACCUCGCCCGAGGACAUCAAUUUUGCUGGCCAGCAGCAGGUGUACAAGGACAUUGGUGAGGAGAUGCUGCUCCAUGCCUUCGAGGGAUACAACGUCUGUAUCUUUGCCUAUGGCCAGACCGGAUCUGGGAAGUCCUACACCAUGAUGGGCAAGCCGGACUUGAAGAAUCAGGAAGGAAUCAUCCCUCUGAUGUGUGAAGACCUUUUCACCAAGUUCAACGACUGUAAUAAUGACAGCACCAAGUCCUACUCUGUGGAGGUGAGCUAUAUGGAAAUCUACUGUGAGCGUGUGCGUGACCUCCUGAACCCUAAGAAUAAGGGGAACCUGCGUGUGAGGGAACACCCCCUGAUGGGGCCCUACGUAGAGGACCUGUCCAAGCUGGCCGUCACCUCCUACAACGACAUCCAGGACCUCAUGGACUCUGGAAACAAGGCCAGGACGGUGGCCGCCACCAACAUGAACGAGACCAGCAGUCGCUCCCACGCCGUGUUCAACAUUAUCUUCACCCAGAAACGCCUUGACGCUGAGACUGAUAACACCUCAGAGAAGGUCAGCAAAAUCAGCCUGGUGGAUUUGGCCGGCAGCGAGAGGGCCGACUCCACAGGCGCCAAGGGGACCCGGCUCAAGGAAGGAGCGAACAUCAACAAAUCACUGACCACUCUAGGGAAAGUAAUCUCUGCUUUGGCCGAAGUGGAUUCUGCACAAAAUAAGAACAAGAAGAAAAAGAAAGUGGAGAGUCACAUCCCUUACAGAGAUUCUGUGUUGACCUGGCUACUGAGAGAGAAUUUAGGGGGAAACUCUCGUACUGCCAUGGUUGCUGCUCUCAGUCCAGCUGACAUCAACUAUGACGAGACUCUCAGCACACUCAGGUACGCAGACCGAGCCAAACAGAUUCGCUGUAAUGCUGUGAUCAACGAGGACCCGAACAAUCGAUUGGUUCGUGAGCUGAAGGAGGAGGUGGGCCGUCUGAGAGACUUGCUCCUAUCCCAGGGCUUGGGAGACAUCCUUGAGAUGACCAAUGCCAUGACGGGGAUGAGCCCCUCCCCGUCUCUGUCCGCCCUGUCCAGUCGAGCCGGAUCCAUCGCCAGCCUCCACGACCGCAUCAUGUUCAGCCCCGGAAGCGAGGAGGCCAUCGAGAGACUCAAGGAAACAGAGAAGAUCAUUGCUGAGCUCAAUGAGACCUGGGAGGAGAAACUUCGCAGAACAGAAGCCAUCAGAAUGGAAAGAGAGGCCCUGCUGGCUGAGAUGGGUGUGGCUAUGAGGGAAGACGGAGGAACCGUGGGCGUGUUCUCCCCCAAGAAGACUCCUCACCUGGUGAACCUCAACGAGGACCCCCUGAUGUCAGAGUGCCUGCUGUACUACAUCAAAGAUGGCGACACCAAGGUCGGUCGUGUGGACGCCAGCAGCAGGCAGGACAUUGUCCUCAGUGGUCACUUCAUCAAGGACGAACACUGUACAUUUACCUCUACAACGGGACCCAUUGGAGAAGCAGUCACCCUGGAGCCCUGUGAGGGAGCUGAGACCUACGUCAAUGGGAAGAGGGUCACCGAGGCUACAGUCCUCAAAUCAGGGAACCGUAUUAUUCUGGGUAAGAGCCACGUGUUCCGGUUCAACCACCCAGAGCAGGCGCGCCAGGAACGGGAGAGGACGCCCUGCGCUGAGACCCCCGUGGAGCCAAUGGACUGGGCCUUCGCACAGAGAGAACUGCUGGACAAACAGGGCAUCGACAUGAAGCAGGAGAUGGACCAGAGGCUUCAGGAGCUGGAGGACCAGUACCGUAAAGAGAGAGAAGAGACACACAACCUGCUGGAACAGCAGAGGAUGGAUUAUGAGAGCAAGCUGGAAGCCCUUCAGAAACAGGUGGACCGAUAUUACCCUGAGGUAGUAGGAGAGGAAGAGGAGGAGCCUGAGGAGGAAGCGCAGUGGACGGAGAGGGAGGCGGAGCUAGCCCUGUGGGGUUUCAGGAAGUGGCGCUGUUACCAGUUCACCUCCCUCAGAGACCAGCUGUGGGGAAACGCCAUCUUCCUCAAGGAGGCUAACGCCAUCAGCGUGGAACUCAAGAAGAAGGUCCAGUUCCAGUUUGUGCUGCUGACCGACACCCUGUACUCCCCCCUGCCCACUGACCUGCUGCCCCCUGAGGCAGCCAAGGACAGAGCGACCCGCCCGUUCCCCAGGACCAUCGUAGCUGUGGAGGUUCAGGACCAUAAGAAUGGGGCCACCCACUGUUGGACUCUGGAGAAGCUCAGGCAGCGUCUGGACCUGAUGAGAGAGAUGUAUGACAGAGCAGCAGAGAUUCCCAACAGCACCAUAGAAGACUGUGAGAACGUCAUGACUGGAGGAGACCCCUUCUACGACCGCUUCCCCUGGUUCCGUCUGGUCGGCAGGCCACUAUCUAACUUACAUCCCAUGUUUCUGGCUGCACCCCCGCCCCCUACCAGCAACCCCCUUUUCAACGUGUGCAUGAGCGAGCGCAUGAGUGAUCCCACUCCCUCCCCCACUCCUUCUCCCACCCUCUCCACCUCCGAGCUAACUGACCUGGCCGACACUCGGCCAGAGGGGCGAGGAGGGGAGGAGGAGUUGGAGGCUUUGGGGGAUCUGGACGAUGAUAUCUUGGACGACCCGUUCUCGGAGCUCGAUGAUGAUGAUGAUGAUGAUGAUGAUGAUGAUGAGGGAGAGCUGUGCCGAGGCGGCUCCAGCGAAGGCCUGGAUCCCUUUUAUGACCGCUCUCCGUUAUUCAGUGUAGUGGGAAGAGCCUUUGUGUACCUGAGUAACCUGCUGUACCCUGUGCCUCUGGUCCAUCGUGUGGCCGUCAUCAGUGAGAAGGGAGAGGUCAAAGGAUUUCUCCGGGUGGCUGUACAGGCAAUCUCAGCUGACGAGGAGGCACCUGACUACGGAUCCGGUGUCCGUCAGUCUGGCACCGCCAAGAUCUCCUUCGAGGACCGGGAGUUUGAGAAGGCUGAGUCGUGCCCCACUGGUCUAUCCCGUACCGGGGAGUCCCAGGAAGAGCUGCGUUUUGUGGAAGGGGAGGGACAGAACUCAGGGAUGGAACCCUCGGCCGAUGAGGUCAACAACAACAAUUGUGCGGCCAGUCCAGAUGAGUUGGAGAGCCCCCUGAAGACCAACCUGGAGGGAGGAGCUCUGGACGGAGCCCUGGAACACCUGAGGAUAGGUAACAUCUUCACCUUCAGGGUGACAGUCCUCCAGGCCUCCAGCAUCUCCGCAGAGUACGCGGACAUCUUCUGCCAGUUCAAUUUCAUCCACUGUCACGAUGAGGCCUUUUCCACAGAGCCUCUGAAGAACACAGGGCGAGGCCCUCCUCUGGGCUUCUACCACGUACAGAACAUUGCUGUAGAGGUCACCAAAUCCUUUGUGGACUAUAUCAAGACCCAGCCUAUGGUGUUUGAGGUGUUUGGUCACUACCAGAAACAGCCCUUCCCUGCUCUGUGCAAGGACCUGAUCAGCCCUCUGCGUCCCUGCAGAAGGCAGUUCCCCAAAGUCAUGCCCCUGUCCAAACCAGUAGCAGACGAUGAGACGCCGCCCGACCGGGAGAAGACGCUGGAGCUGAUUCGCUACCUGGUCCCAGAGGUGUUCAAUGGGGCGCUGGUGGACUCUCUGUCAGGCCACGCCCUGUCUGCAGCCGGAUUGGCUGCCUCUUUCCUCCUCGAGGGGGAGGGGCCACCCAGUCUUCCAGCCCCGCCCCUCUCUAUCUGUUCAGUUAUCAGAGCCCAGAAACCGGUCCCUGCCACCAAGCUGACUACCCUGAUGCGCCCUACAGCCGGGCCCUGCCACUGCAAGUAUGACCUCAUGGUGUUCUUUGAGAUCUGCGAACUGGAGGCCAGUGGAGACUACAUCCCAGCAGGAGUGGACCACAGAGGAGGCAUGCCUUGCCAUGGGACAUUCAUGCUGCACCAGGGUAUCCAGAGGCGUGUCACUGUGACCAUCGUUCAUGAGACAGGUGGAGACAUCGAGUGGAAGGAUGUCCGGGAACUGGUUGUGGGUCGUAUCCGCAACUCACCCGAGGGGGACGAUGCCAUCAUAGACCCCAACAUCCUGUCACUCAACAUCCUGUCGGCUGGGCAUGUCAAGCCCAUGCAGGAGGACAGGACAUUCUAUCGCUUCGAGGCUGCCUGGGACAGCGCCAUGCAUAACUCCCUCCUCCUGAACCGGGUCACUCCUUACGGAGAAAAGAUCUACAUGACCUUGUCGGCCUACCUAGAGAUGGAGAACUGCACCCAGCCAACAGUCAUAACCAAAGAUUUCUGCAUGGUGUUCUACUCUCGAGACGCUAAACUCCCGGCCUCCCGCUCCAUCCGAAACCUGUUUGGCACAGGAAGCCUGAGGGCAGUGGAGGGUAACCGGGUGACAGGUGUGUACGAGGUCAGCCUAUGUCACCUGGCCGAUCAUGGGAGCCCAGGAAUGCAGAGGAGACGUCGACGGGUGCUGGACACCUCGGUGGCGUAUGUCCGCGGGGAGGAGAACCUGGCUGGGUGGAGGCCUCGCAGUGACAGCCUCAUCCUGGACCACCAGUGGGAGCUGGAGAAACUCAGCCUCCUGCAGGAGGUGGAGAAGACGAGACACCGCCUGCUCUUGAGGGAGAAGCUAGAGUCCACCCUGCUGCUGGGUCAGGAGGGGUUGUUGUCCUGUGUAGGUGAGGAGCAGAGUGAGUCCCCUCAACCCUCUGAGGGUCUCGGCCUCAGUCCCAUCGUUGAUGCCCCUAAUGAGAGGCAGAGGGAGCUAGCCAUUAAGUGUCUUCGGCUGCUCUCCCACUCCUUCAACAGAGAGUACAGCCACGUGUGUGUCAGCGCCAGUGAAAGCAAGCUGUCUGAGAUGUCAGUGACUCUGCUGAGGGAGUCGACCUCUGCCACGGCCCUCAACACCCUCACCCCCUCCUCGACAUGCCCCUCACUGGUGGAGGGAUGCUACCCCAAGUCCGAAGGGCUCAGAACACCCACGCCUCGUUCCCGCUGCGCCAGUCCCAACCCUGACUGCUCACAACGGGACAGAGAUGUCAAGAUGUCCCCUGGCCCCAGUGGGGUCGCAGCCCCGGAGGUUAAGCCCAGGGAACGCCGCUUCGUACCAGACAUCCAGGAGAUCCGGGUCAGCCCCAUCGUGUCAAAGAAGGGCUACCUGCAUUUCCUGGAGCCUCAUAGCAACGGCUGGGUGAAGCGCUAUGUAGUGGUGAGACGUCCAUACGUCUAUAUCUACAAUACAGAGAGAGACAGCGUGGAGAGAGCCAUCCUCAACCUCUCCUCUGCCCAUGUCGAGUACAGCGAGGACCAGCAGGCCAUGCUUAAGACACCAAACGCGUUUGCUGUCUGUACUGAGCACCGCGGGAUACUGCUCCAAGCCAGCAACGACAAGGAGAUGCACGACUGGCUCUAUGCAUUUAACCCUCUCCUGGCUGGAUCCAUCAGAUCCAAACUAUCCAGAAGAAGAGCUGGACAGAUGAGGAUGUGAAUCAACACGUCUCACAGACAAGACAAUAGAACACCAAAAGACUAGCCUGUAUAUCGACUCCAGACGUAAUACUCCUUUCCCUCCUGUGCUGACCCCUUAACCCUCCUCCUCCUCUUCCUCCUCCUACACUAGUAACCAAUUGCUCCUCCUCCUCCUCCUGCACACGCCCAGUUUAUCCCAAGCUGACCACCAGCGUAUCUAAGGCCCUGAGGCCUCCGUCAUCGUUGUGUGUCUGUCAGGCCUGUACCGCUGUCUGUCUGUGUUGGCCUUAUUGUCUGGCUUAACCCCUCUCCAAGUCUGAGGCCCAAAUACCACCCUAUUCCCUAUAUAGUGCAUUGCUUUUGACCAGGGCCUAUAGGGCUGGUCAUAGCUACUGUAAGAAGGGCCUAUAGGGCUGGUCAUAUCUACUGUAAGAAGGGCCUAUAGGGCUGGUCAUAGCUACUGUAAGAAGGGCUUAUAGGGCUGGUCAUAGCUACUGUAAGAAGGGCUUAUAGGGCUGGUCAUAUCUACUUUAAGAAGGGCCUAUAGGGCUGGUCAUAUCUACUGUAAGAAGGGCCUAUAGGGCUGGUCAUAGCUACUGUAAGAAGGGCCUAUAAGGGCUGGUCAUAUCUACUGUAAGAAGGGCCUAUAGGGCUGGUCACAGCUACUUUAAGAAGGGCCUAUAGAGCUGGUCAUAGCUACUGUAAGAAGGGCCUAUAGGGCUGGUCACAGCUACUGUAAGAAGGGCCUAUAGGGCUGGUCAUAGCUACUGUAAGAAGGGCCUAUAGGGCUCUGGUCAAAAGUAGUGCACUUACAUAGGGAAUAGGGUACAGGCUCUGGUCUAAAGUAGUGCGCUUAAGUAGGGAAUAAGGUAUCAUUUGGGACUGAACCCAAACCUCCUUACUUUAGCAGAAUGUUCCGAGCCGAGGGAACGGAGGAAGAGAGACCCGGAGAGGGGUAGUUACCAGUUCCUUAUUUGAUAGACUUGCAUUAUGAUGUACUGUAUGGUAGUUGUCAGCAACACAUUGAGCUUAUUAAAUAACACAUUUAUUCCUUCAGGAAAAUAAAAAAUAAAAAAAGAGAAUGUCCGCAGCGUUGACAGUAAAUCGCUCCAUUUUAAAGUUGCCCUGACAGUGGGCUUCUGUUCACAUUACUACUUAAAUAAAAGGUUCAAUAAAAAAAUUAAAAAAUGCAAACAAUUACUACAUUAUUGCACCUCGGGUUUACAUUACAGAACAAAACAGAGAAGGAAGUAUUGGUCUUAUUGUUACUCGAUACAAUGUUGAAACAAGCAGGUUAGUAUUCAAAGUAAACACAUUUUCACCAAAUUAGGGUUUCCUCAGUUCUGCAACAACAAAAAAAAACAAAAAAAAUAGGAGUGAAAAAAAUGAAAGUUGGCUGUAGUACCUGUUCUGUCCCUUAGGAGUGAAAAACGACAGGUGAGAGUGGUUGGCUGUAGUACCUGUUCUGUCCCUUAGGAGUGAAAAACGACAGUGGAGAGUGGUUUGCUGUAGUACCUGUUCUGUCCCUUAGGAGUGAAAAACGACAGUUGAGAGUGGUUGGCUGUAGUACCUGUUCUGUCCCUUAGGAGUGAAAAACGACAGUUGAGAGUGGUUGGCUGUAGUACCUGUUCUGUCCCUUAGGAGUGAAAAACGACAGUUGAGAGUGGUUGGCUGUAGUACCUGUUCUGUCCCUUAGGAG